UCCUUGAUGUCUCCUCUAGAAAAGCACAUAAAAUACUCGACUAAAACAUGUUAGGUCUUGCAGUGUCCUUUACCACAAUGGAAUAUCAUAGUUUACUCAACCAGUAAUCAACAUAGUUGAUUGGUUUCACCUGUGCUUGAUCUUGGAGCAUCUGGGAUACCCUGUAGGUGUAGAAGCAUUGCUCUCUACCAAUGGAAAACGUGACUGCACUUUGGAGGACUGCAACAUGCUGCCUGGUGGUUGAAGUGUUGCUGAACAGGAAGUUGCUGAGUAGAUUUGAGACAGCUCCAGAAGAAAUGAGGGUCUCUUGUCAUGUUCUCGUCUUGUUUUUCUUAGCAGGUGUCAGUUUACUCGAGAAAGUUCCAGUUCAUGCAUUUUUUAGUCGGCCAAUCCCAGGAGCUCUACAAAAUGUCAGUAAGAAUGACACUGGGGUAAAGAAUGCUGUCCUGAUGGGAACCUACUCAUUUAACAAUAAAUCCAACGAUGCGUUUCUGUUCAAAGCAUCAGCUGUUGAUGAGGCAAAAAGACAGAUAGUGAAAGGUAUCCUCUAUAUUCUGGAUGUAGAGAUCUCUCGAACUAUGUGCAGGAAGAUGGGCAGCAAUGAUGACCUCAAUAACUGUCCAUUCCAGAAAGAUAGUCUGUUAAAGCAGACAUUUUUCUGUCAUUUUGAGGUAUGGUCCAUUCCAUGGAUGAAGAGAAUGUCAACCACAUAUUUUAACUGUCUUUCUAUUGAUAAAGUCUGAAGCUAACUGUGAAAAUAAAACAAGAAGCAGUGAAUAGUGUAGUACAUAAUGUGAUUUCAAACAUCUUCAAGUGCAGUGACC